AAAUAUACGCGAGUCCCAUACUAUAUGACUCCUUCAAACAUCAUAGGCCCAACAAAUAUAAACCUUGUCGUGGAACGGAGGGUAGAGAGAGAGAGAGAGAGAGAGAGAUGGACAGUGCCGGGGAUGUGCAGGGGCCUCUGAGCCUUAACCCUAGCAACGGAAGAUGGGAAGACGAGAAAGAGAAGCCAAAGGUAGUGGUGAUAAUGGGUCCGACUGGGUCAGGGAAGUCCAGACUUGCCAUUGAUUUGGGGUCCCGCUUCCCCAUGGAGAUCAUCAACGCUGAUUCCAUGCAGGUCUACCGAGGCCUGGAUGUUCUCACCAACAAGGUUUCCCUCAAUGAACGGAAGGGAGUGCCACAUCAUCUUUUGGGAACUAUAAGCCCAAACUUGGAAUUCACAGCCAAGGAUUUCCGGGAUUCUGCUAUUCCUCUCAUUGAUGAUGUAUUGUCUCGCAAUUACAUCCCAGUCAUAGUUGGGGGUACUAAUUACUAUAUCCAGGCUCUGGUAAGUCCAUUCCUCUUAGAUGAUUCAUCAGAAUACAUGGAUGAUAGCUGCACACAUGGUCCUUCUGAAGAUCAGCUAGAUCAUGACCUGGAUUUUGGUAGAGACAGUUCGAAGUAUGGCUAUGACCAUCUUAAGGACAUUGAUCCAGUUUCAGCAAACAGAAUCCAUCCAAACAACCAUAGAAAGAUUAGUCAGUACCUCAAUUUGUAUGCUCGCUCUGGUAUUCCCCCUAGCAAACUUCUCCAGGAAAAGACUGCUGAGAACUGGGGUCGAGUUGAUAAUUCUAGAUACAAUUGCUGUUUUAUUUGUGUGGAUGCUUCUCUUCCUGUACUGGACCGAUAUGUGGAGCAAAGAGUGGAUUGCAUGAUAGAAGCUGGAUUGCUUAAUGAAGUCUUUGACAUUUACAGUCCAAAUGCCAAUUAUACUCGAGGCUUGCGACAAGCCAUAGGUGUUCGGGAGUUUGAGAAUUUUCUGGGAGUUUAUGAAGAAAGUAGUUCAAUUGACUUCUCUUUAAAUUCAAUGAUCAAGGGUGACAAGACAUCGUUACAGAAUCUUAGUGCUGUCUUGGAUUCCUUUGACAAUAACCAGCCCAAAAUGCUGAUGAAAGAAGCCAUUGAGAAAAUGAAAUUAAACACCCGAAGACUUGUUCGUCGUCAAAAAAGAAGGUUAAGUCAGCUGCAAGCAUUGUUUGGAUGGAGCAUAAAUUAUGUUGAUGCGACAGAAACCAUAUCAUGCAAUUCAGAAGAUUUAUGGGCCUCAGAAGUGGUCGAACCUGCUGCAAAAAUUGUUAGAUCAUUCCUUAAUGAGAAUGCCAUCUCAAUGCAUGAUUCGGAGGCUCUGAAUUCCAUGGGACAGAAGUUAAUCCAGAGGGACUUGUGGACUCAAUAUACAUGCAAGGCUUGUGGAGAUAGGGUACUUAGAGGAGCUCACGAGUGGGAACAACACAAACAGGGCCGCGGGCAUCGAAAACGCGUUUCAAGGCUCAGGAAGUCUCAAGCAUGACUAGCAACAUCCAGACUCUUGCUAGACGCCUUGAAUGAACCAGUAUUAACCAUAGGUGCUGUGAGAUUUGAGGGAGU